AGGUGUUAGGAGCGAAUUACAGUGGCAGGGAAAUUGUGUGUCACGUUUUAAAAGGAAACAAGCUAAAAUACAGCUGAGCUGAUGAAGCCAAUGAGAAUUUGUUUCACUAAUUUGCUUCCUGAUGAUAUCGCAGUCUUUAUAGAAUAACUUGGGUUUUGGAUUUGGUUGGGUAAGCUAUUGAGCUAACAUUAAAAUUCCGGAAACCAAAAGCAAAUAUAAUGGACAGAGGAUAGCUGAUCAAGAAGUAUGAAGAGCAGCCCUUGUAAAUUGUAAUGAUAUGGAAUGUGAGGAGGCUCAUGAAAGAAUGAAGGAGGCAUUUAAAAGUCGAGCGCUGGCUCUAAAGCGGGAAUUCCACAGUAGGGAAUCAGUUGAGGCAACUGAUAAUGAAGAAUUCAAAGGAUUUUUGGAGCCUAGUGAUGGUAAAGCUGAUAGUGAUGCUAUGGCAUAUAUGCGAAGAGAAGGCCGUUUGCAUCAUAGUGAACACAUUUUUCUAGCUGAAGCAUUUCUUGAUAUGGCUUCAACUGCCGAGAUUGAACAACAGCAAGAAGUUUUCGCCUGGUCGCUAAAACUUUUACGCCAGCAGUGGACGCAUCUAGACUGGCAAAAUAAUUAUUUAUCUGAACCCCUGGGUAUAGUUCGUCUAUGUUCUGAGACACCAUUUAUGUGGUCGAUUUUUCACACGGUGAAGUUAUUUGAGAAGGCACUUAAAAUAAGUGGAGCCAGAAAAGAAUAUACAACUUUACAUAAAUGUUCAACGAGUAGUCGCUUGCAUCCAAUGGCUUCACAUCUGUCCUGGAUGCUCCCUCCUCUUUUAAAAUUGCUUCGCGUCAUACAUUCUCUUUGGUCUCCUUCCGUAAAUCAAGCAUUACCUGAAAAAUUAAAAGCUGCCAUGUCUAUGAGUGAUGUUGAGCUACAUGCUCUUCUUGGCAAAGAAAAUCCCAAAUUGUCAAAGGGUUUUGUAACAUUUGCUGAUGGAUCUCAAACUGACACAAGCAAGGAAGGGUAUGCAGAAAUCAGUAAAUUAGAUAUGCAAAAUUGGUUAAUUGAUAUUAGAGACAGUGGGUACACAGUCUUGGGCCUAUCAAUAAGCAUUGGAAAUCCUUUUUUUAAUUGCUUGGAUAUCGAUUCUGUUAUGGUAACAGUAGCGCUGGUGGAGAAUAUACAGUCAAUGCAGUUCAGGCAUAUAAAGCAGCUUAUUCGUUUAGUUUUAAUUUACUUAGUCAAAUCUUGUCCUUCAGAGAUGUGGGAAGUCUGGCUAGAAAAGCUGUUGGAUCCCUUAUUUAUUCAUGUGCAAAAUGUUCUUUGUUUUUCUCGGUCUAUUAAUUUGCAUGAAGGUAAAGCAAAGGUGCCUGAUGUCGAAAACAUGCCUUCUGAAUUAGAUGUGAAAGUGGAUGUCAUGGCGGAGAAAUUGCUUCGAGAUGUUACUCAUGAAACAUGCUCACUUCUUUCUGCUAUGGCAUCACUAGAAGUAAAUAUUGGACUUCCUUUUUUGGAACCAUCAGGGCUUGUGAACCGUAUGGAUACAUCUUCUCUAAAGGAUCUGAAUGAUUUUGCGAUAACCUCUAUGGUUGGUUUCCUUUUAAAGCACAAAGGUCUCUCGCAUCCAAUACUACAAAUUUGUUUAGAAGUUUUUAGUUGGGCGGAUAGUGAAGCAGUGAAAAACAUUUCUGUUUUUUGUGCUGCUGUUGUUCUUCUUGCUAUUUUAGCAAAUGACGUUGAAGUCCGAAGAUUUGUUUCGAAAGAUCUAUUCAAUGCCAUUUUAGAAGCGAUGAAGCUUGAAUCAAAUUCAAUUAUCAGUGCCAAUCUUGUUGGUCUUUGUCGAAAAAUAUUUUUUUAUCUCCGUGAUAGAGAUCCAUCACUAAGACGGGCUCUACUCUCUCUCACUGAUUCAACCCGUAGAUGUUUGAUUUUGUUUGAAGAAGAUUUGACAAAAACAUCGAGUACUGAGGAACAAAAUCAGUGUAUGAAGAGGUUUCUCAUAUCAGUUGAAAGAUACGAAUUGUUGGCACUUAAUCCUCCUAUUAUGGAGGACGACUCUUGUGAUGAUAUACCAAAUCUCAGCCCGUCAGUUAUGGCAAGGGUGAUUGAAAAUAGGGCACGUUCUAAAGCUCAUAAAAAGAAGAUGGCAGAAUACAGAAAACAAAUGGGAGCUAUGAGGAAAGCAUAUUAUAGCAAUCCUGAUAAUCCACUUUUUGAGUCUAAUAAAGAACCCGAUGAGUGGUUCGAUUCGGAUGGUAAACAUGAAAUAACUGAUGAGGAAUUGAAAAAAUAUAUGGAACAACUUAAUGCUAGUGGGGGUUUUGAGAUGGGCGACUUUCCAAAUGUUUAUGAAUUUGGUAUGAUUCAACCAAUGAAGUUAAAUGAGCGUUCCGUUGCAGAACUUGAUAAAUAUAUUAAAAUGGCACUUGAAGAAUUCAAUCAGAAAGAGAACUCAAAUUUUGAAUGUGUGGAGAUUGAGAAGGCAAGUGUAUUAGGGGGACUACGCACAGAGUAUUAUAUCACUUUUAAAGCAAAAGAUGAGAAUAGAGUUUCAACCUUUACAUUUCAAGCUUUAAUAUUUUAUGAUUAUGUUUGUGAAAAAAGACACUAUGAAACAUCAGUGGGCAUUUGCAGAUUGAAGCCAGAUACUGCUCCUGGGCAUGGUAAAUAGCGUAUCAGAUGUCACAAUUUAUAUUAUUUUAUUAUUUAUUUAUGUCUUAAUUAAUUGGUGAAACAUUCAAAUUCAGUUUUUUUUACGUUAUGAAAGAUACUUCUAGUCGGCAAUUAAAAAUUGAUUUUUUUUAA